CUUGCUCGGCAGGGAGGUACGACAAGGUAGAGGAGUCGCUGCGCUGCUCUUUCUCACCAUCAUUCCUAUGCAUGGCUCGAAUCUGGGAUCAAGCCAGACUUUGCGACACUUUACGGAUUGUCGCGACCACACGUAUCAUCACUUAACCAACAGUCGGCGAGCAUGUCCCAACAAUAUUCCUACGGAGGUGGAGGUGGAUACGGCGGAGGGGGAGGUGGAGGUGGUGGUGGUUAUGGUGCUCCACCGCCUCAUCAAGGAGGCUACGGGGGUCAGCAACAGCAAGGCUACGGAGCCCCUCCUCCUCAGCAGCAGUAUGGUGGAGGCGCGCAGGGAGGUCGUCCGGGUGGAGGUUAUCCACCUGCAGGAUCAGGCUAUCCUCCUCAGCGCGCACAAGUCUACAAUCGUCACACUGGUCCUCCUCCUGGUGCGGACCCUCAGCUCUGGGGCUGGUUCACUUCGUGUGAUAGGGACGGUAGCGGCCAGAUUGACGCCCGAGAGCUUUCGGCGGCUCUCGUCAAUGGAGAUUGGAGUCCGUUUCAAGAGUCGACCGUCAAGAUGCUCAUGAACCUGUUCGAUGUGGACCGCAGUGGUCACAUUAGCUUUGCGGAGUUCGCGGGUCUUUGGAAGUACAUCCAGGACUGGCAAGGCGUGUUCCGGCACUUUGAUGCAGAUCGAUCCGGAAGCAUCGACUCUGCUGAGCUCUCCCGCGCGCUGACCCAAUUCGGCUACAACCUAUCUCCCGGUCUACUGCACCUCGUCACAUCCAAAUACAUCCAACUCGACUCUCCCAAACAAGGUGCUCUGCCUUCCAGACCCGGUGCAAACGCUGGCAUCAACUUUGACGGUUUUUGCAGAGCUUGCGUCGGCAUCAAGUCUGCUACCGAGUCCUUCCAAAAGUUUGACACGCAACGCAACGGAACAGCCACGCUUCACUACGAGGACUUUAUGCGCAUCCUCUUGAGCGCUCCUUGAUACGUGUGCGGACAAGCGACAUCUGCAGGGGCAGCAGCCUGACGGCGCAUCGCCUAUACUUGUGCAAUAAACUCCCCUUCCCAACAAAGUCGUGCCAUUCUGACCCAAGGAAUGUGACGUGGACAGUUGCCUCUGUAGCCGUUUUUUUUGACUGAACGGAUGGGGGGGGGAAAUGAACCCGACUUGCAAUCACGAAAUGCUACGAUACAACCAGACGCGCUUU